UUCUCUCGCCGAGAAGCCCGAGCAGCAAACUAGCAUUCUGCUUGUACAGUAGGUAGCAGAGGAGUCAACGCCGGAAGGAAGGCGAGAAUGAUCGAGCGCUAGCAAGAUUCUGGCUGCAUACAUACAGUUCACGCUACAAUCAGAAGUUGAAUGCUCGUCAUUGUUCAUGGAUCAGAAGGGAAACCAUGACACAGAGAUGGCGAUAAUCUCCGAUCAGGAGAUGAUUUACGAGAUGAUCAGGAAACUACUCAAUGAGAUGGAGCCGCUUCCUGGGAGGAUGUCCAACCUGCCGGACAAGCACCGAGAUCAGCCUGUCAGCAGGACUGUAGGCCUCCAACUCCAGAGCUUCGAGUUCAUCCAGGCUGAGCUGAGCAGCACGAUAGAAUUACUGAGCCACCUGCUAUCCUCAGAGCUGGGGCUGGAUUUGGUUGACAACGAGGGCUUCAAGGAGUGGUUGUACGCGUUACGCCGCGUGGCUCCGAGUAUGAAUGCUUACAUCCAUCAAUGUGACCAAGCUGCACACUGUGGAUGUCAUGCACAGAUACACAGAACAGCCGCAGACUUCUUCUUUCGUCUUGCGGGGCUCCCACUGCCACCAUAUCCACGUGGAGUCAGAGAUAUUGAGGGAAUCAUAUCCCACAUCACUGAACGACCCUUCAGGUACAUGAAUCUUCUGAUGGCGGAUGAUGGUCGUCGUUCUACCUCAACGGCGUCUGGUUUUGUGCAGCCAUAUACCUACACAGACGCUGGUGAAAAUGGUCUUGUUGGCAUGGAAGAUACCCUACGAAAUAAGGUGGUAAGGCUGUUCAUGGAUGAUAGCAAUGAUCUUAAAGUAAUCACAAUCGUUGGACCUGCUGGGGUGGGGAAGACGACUGUUGCAAAGGUGAUCUGCGACAAACUCCAAAAGAGGGGACACUGCCACGGCGAGGGUCGAGGUCACCCAAAGGCCUGAUAUGAAGGAGCUUCUCUGGAACAUCCUGUCACAGAUCCAGUUACCUGAAAUCACCACGUUUGGAGAUGAGCAGGAGCUACCCCUGCUGGUUCACGACAUUAACAGAUACCUGCA